UUGUAAUAGAUAUAGCAUGAGUUUGAUUUGGAAAUUGAACACGGUUUCUUCUUUACAAAAGAAGUUCAUUUUAAGUUCGAGAUUAAAACUUCCCUCAAACCGACUCUCGUCACAUCAUACUGUUAAAAAUGAUGUUCCUUAUGAGAGUUCCAUACACCGGAAAAAAACUGAAAAUUCAAUAAAGAACAAAAUACCAACUGAAGCAGAUGUAGUUGUCAUAGGGGCUGGCAGUGUUGGAUGCAGCACAGCUUAUCAUCUUUCUAAACUCGGUGCUGGAAAAGUUGUCAUGCUUGAAAAAAGUCAAAUCACAUCAGGAACAACUUGGCACACAGCAGGUAUAUUGUGGAGCUUCAGACACAGUGAGUCUGAAACGAUCAUGCAACUUCAGACGAGGGAUCUGAUCAGUAAGAUAUUGCCCGAAGAAACAGGUGAAGAUGCAGGCUGGUUGGAGACAGGAACAUUAAACUUAGCAAGAACAAAACAUCAGUUUAUAGAUUUUCUACAAAACUCAGCGUUUGCCAAAACAAUGGGUGUGGAGAUGCUUCAAUUGCAACCAAAUGAGAUUAAUGACAUUCAUCCUUUGUUAAACACCAGUGAUCUGUAUGGUGUUAUAUAUUCGCCAGCUUGUGGUACUAUGGACCCAGCUACAUACUGCAUGUCUUAUGUAAAAGCUGCUGCAAAAUAUGGCUUGGAGAUGAUUGAAAACUGCACAGUGAAAGGCAUAACUACGAAAGAAGAUUACCUUGGCCUAAAAAGAGUGCAAUCUGUGGAGACUAAUCUUGGGACAAUCAAAACAAACAAUAUUGUUAACUGUGCAGGAGCAUGGGCACCUUAUAUAGCACAGACAAUUAAUGAGAAUGUGCCACAGCUGGUGUAUAAGCAUGCUUACGUCGUAACUGAAGCAAUUGAAGGCAUCCUUAACACUCCAAUGGUCAAAGACCAUGGUUCAAUCUAUAUAAAGCCACAGGGGAAUGCAUUGCAAUUCGGGGGAUAUGAAACCAACCCAAUUUUGGUGGAAAACUUGCCUCAAGAUUUUUCUUUUGGUCUUUAUGAUUUGGAUUGGGACAUCUUCAGUAUCCACACAAAUGCAGCCAUCAAUAGAGUACCAGCAGUGGAAACAACUGGAAUUAGAUCAACUGUUUGUGGACCGGAAUCCUUUACACCUGAUGGGCAACCAAACAUGGGAGAAUCUACACAAGUGAGAGGAUAUUUCCAUGGGAGUGGAUUUAACAGCGGAGGAAUGAUGUUGGGAGGAGGAGCAGGAAGACAACUCGCUCACUGGGUCAUUCAUGGAAAACCUGAAAUUGAUUUGGUGAACUGUGACAUCAGGAGGCAUCCUAUAAAUCUAUCCAACCCAAACAAAUGGUUGUUGGAAAAAUGCCACGAGAAAUUUGCAAGGCGGUACAGCGUUCAUUUUCCCCAUGAUCAAAGUCUUGGUGGAAGAAACCAACGUAAAGGAAGAUUGUAUCAGGAGCAUGCUGAUGCUGGUGCUUUGUUUGGAAAUAAGUUUGGAUUUGAGCGUCCGGCGUAUUUUGUCAAGGACAAAGACGGCCACCCACAAUCUAACCUCAAUGUGCUUGAAUAUGAUUUCUAUCGUGCUUAUGACAAUAAACCUCAUGAUCGUGACUAUUAUUGUGAUGAAGUUUUAAAAGAUUGUACUUUUGAAUUUCCGGAAAAAAGUCAUGAGUUGAUUGGUGACGAAUGCAUGAAGUGCAGAAACUCAGUGGCUGUGUUUGACUUAUCAUAUAUGGCUAAGUUAUACAUUGGUGGUAAGGAUGCCAAUCAAACAGUGACAAGGUUGCUUACUAGGGAUAUAACCAACACCAACAAUCGCUUUGUAUAUUCUCUUAUGUUGAAUAAAGAUGCAGGUGUAGAAUGUGAUGUUUUGGCUACGAAGAUUACAAACAAAUCUGGAGAAACUGAAUAUUACAUAACUGCUCCUACAUCCGCUGCCCAACACUGCCAUUCUCAUAUUCAACAUUUAAUACAAAAUGAAAAGUUACAUAGCACUGUAGAAGACCGAACGGAAGACAUCUCUAUCAUCAGUGUGCAAGGACCAAUGAGCGGGCAUGUGAUGUAUGAAUUGACCAAAGACACUGCCCUGGAAAAGUUAAAAUAUGCCCAGUGGAAGUCAACUAAAGUUGGUGACAAUGAGAUAAUGCUUGGCAGGGUGUCAUUUGUUGGAGAAUUUGGGUUUGAGAUCCACUGCUCAAGUGACCAUGUUAACCAGAUAUUUGCACAAGUUAUGGAUAAGGUGCAUAAGCAUAAUGGUUGCAUGGCAGGUUUCAGAGCAAUGGAAUCACUCAGCACUGAAGCAGGAUUCCACCACUGGCCUCACUCAUUAAAUGCAAAUAUAAACCCCAUAGAAGCACGCCUAACCCAAUUCUGUUCACCAAGUACAAAGUACUUAGGUGGGGAAGCACUGGAGAGUCUAAAAUCCUUACCUAACCAAAAACUUCUUGCUUACUUUACUGUGGACAGCAAUGUUCCACUUAUCGGCCAUGAAAUUAUUUGGAGAAAUAAUGAUAUUGUUGGUUUCCUGCGCUCUUCUGAUUAUGGGUACUCCCUUGGAACUAACAUAGGUUAUGGAUAUGUUACGAUUUCAUCAGUGACCGACAAGAUUAUUGAGAGUGGUGAUUAUCAAAUUGAAAUAAUGGGAGAGAGGUAUCCGGCCAAAGCAAGCAUUACCACCCCAUAUUUACCACACUUGUCCAAAAUGUUUAAAAUGAGAAAAUUUACAUAACUAGCUGCAGUGUAUGAUUCAAAAGUUUUUCGCUUACGUGUUUUUUGUUUUUUUUCUUUGCAAUGAUGCAAAUAGAUUUCUGAUCUUAGGGAACAGACGUAGUGUAGCACAUCUAAUUAAACAUAGAAUGCAUUAUUUUUCCGAGGUUUUUAUGCAACUUUGUAGUGUUUUACUUUUAAUUGUCGAUUCUUCACUUUGUUCUCACUUUUUCAGGUGCUGUGUUUACCUUUUAAUUUUGCACAUGAUAUAAUUAAAUGUUUUCCUACUCGAGUAGUUGUGACUAAUAAAAUCAAUGAGAGUG